UCCCCUCAAAAAUGGGGAAAGACAACAAACGGCUGCUGUCCAAAAUACGAUUCGAGAUUUUACAUGGAGAUGCUUUGAGACUAUUCCAAGAAGAAUACUUCGCUCUCGAUAUAAUCAGGAUUUUAUACGAAGAUAAUGUGGAUGAAAAAGAGAAAAUACAGUUGCUAACUUUACUUCAAGAAUAUGGAGGACUUGGAUUGGAAUUAUCCAGUGUGGAUCAAAUUAUCACGUCUUUGGUGGAUAUCUGCAGUCAAUAUCUUAAUCAAGUUCCGAAAUCCAGUUUUCUUUCACAGCUUAUCAUAACAGCAACAUCCUUAACGCUGCAGUUUAACCUGGUGAAAAAUGACUUGCAUAUCUGUGAUAUGCUGAUAGAUUUAUUGUUGCCUCUUGUGAAGAAAGUAGAUGAUACCAGUAAUCUACAGCUUCGGGGUAUAGCUUGUUGCUGUUUGGAAGAAAUGGAGUGUUUUUGCCCUGGACUUUUGAAGAAAUAUUUAACCCCCAUCUUGAAAACAGCCCAGCUGGAGUCAACUUAUAUGUAUCAAGACAUUGUUUGCCUUCUGUCACGGAUAAUUCACCACAUCACAACAAAACAAAAUGUGUUCGAAUCAAAGGAAACUAAACAUUCAAGACACUCAACUGAUGAGCCUCCAAGUCCUGAUGAACAAUCGUUGUUGAACAUGGAGGUGAAGCAGUUUGUGUCUCUAGUCAUGGAUAACUACAUCCCUUUCACCCCAGCAUGUUUGUGGACAUUAAUAGACACCAUUGUAACUAUUGUGAAGUCUGACUGGGAAACUCCGCCCUCUAUUUUUAAGUCUCUAGCUCUCCAGUACAUGUCAACAUUUGAUGCAAGUUUAUUUUUGAUGGUUGUCUAUUUAAAGAUGGAAUUUCCCCGCCAAAUCUUGUUGAAUUCAGAAGAGGUUCUUCUUCAUAAACGUUUUGUUAUGGCAUCCUUGCAUCCUGCUCAUAGUGUAUUACAUCGGCAUCUGAUGUUAUCAUGCUUGGCUGAUUAUAUUGAAUAUAACGAGAGAGAACAAUGCAAAUAUUCUGUGAUGAAUUCAGUUCCUGUCAUAGCUUCAAAACAGAUCGCAGACCUCAAUCCAACAGCUUUUGAUGAUAUUUCAAUUCAACUAAAAAAAGUGCUUAUACUUAAUAAAUGUCUUCCUCCUGCUUUAGAUUCUGACAACAGCUUCCUACUGAACAACCUCCAGUCAAUGAAAAAGUUAGCCCAAUCCACAGAUGAUCCCCAUGCUGCUGUAUCCUUGUACUGUGCCCUAUUUCACUUUUACUGUCGACAUCAUACCUCUAAACUUGGAACUAAUAUUCAAAACCUAAUGCUGGAAUUGGUGUGUUCAAAUUCCAAAUUUAUUCCUUACACUCUGGACUUCCUCAUGCAAGUUGAGAAAGAUGUACCUGAUAGCUCCAUCUACCUUUAUUUACUGGAAGAAUUACAGAAGAUGGUAACCUCUACAGAUAUGGUAACCAUAACGGAAGAUUUACUUUACAAUUAUUUGGAUGUCCUGAAAAUGACGGCUAAUGAUGAAAGAAUUUCGCCUUUGGCAACCGUUCGUUUCCUGCACAUCAGUGUGCUGCAUUCGUUAGCGAAUGACAAACUGUCGUGGUCGUUAGCAACGGCAGUUCUAGAAGUGUGCAGAAACAUCCUCUUGCAUCACAACACACAGACUAUAUUCACAGAAAUUGACAGUUUUUUACAUCUUCUAAUGACCAGUUCCAAAGAUGUUGACAUCAUAGACAGAGCUACUUUCUACUAUUCCUUAUUGAAUGGUGCUGCUGAUACCAAGAUCCGAGAAGUAUUGAGUUGUGCUGAUAUUAUGAUGACCCGAAGACAACUUACCAACAUCAUUCACAGUCCUUGUACACCGUCGAAUCCUGCUCUCAUUGUUACCUUGGAGAAACCAUACAUGAAGUGGGAAAGAAUCUCCUUUCAGCCAAUCUGGAAAGAAUCUGAAGUUUACAGUGAGGAGAUAAAUUCUGAUUAUAAAGAAACACUGUCAGACCAAGAUGUAUUCGAACAUUAUCUCAAAUUGAUUGCUGCUGAAGACUGUACUUAUUUCUUGACUGAAUAUCGGCUUAGCAUGACACCUCAUUGCACUUUGGAUGAACUGAGAGCCAUCACCAUUAACAUCAAUAUAGAUGCAAACUUUACCAGUAUACCAGCCAUUCACAUUCCAUUCCUCAAGAAGGAAGAUUCUGAAAUGGUUCAGUUAGAGUUUUAUUCCCGGAAACCUUUUCCUGGAGACUUUUCUACUUGGUCGAUAUUUGCCUCUGUGAACAAAGUGACAAUGUACUGUUGUCUUGGAACUACAUCCAUAAGUUUUACUGAUUUGAUGAUGCCCAUUCCAUGGAAGAUUCUAGGAGUUCCAGACGAUCGAAAAUAUCUCCUCUUUAACAAAGUGUGGGAGCACAUAACAGAAAGUAACAACAAUUCUGGCCCAGCAGCCCUCCAGUCUAUCAAGAUUCUGCCAAUAAACCAGACUGGUUUGAAGAAACUCAAGGAAUCAGAACUUAAUCCCUACGUUGUUUAUUGUAACAAUGAGAUGGUUCACUGUGCAAUAUUUUUACCCCCUCAUCACCAUCUGCUGCUGAAGCUUAAAUGCAUGACAGACAAGACUGCAGUUUCAAUCCUAACCGACUUCUGGCAGAUUCUUCCCUCAGUCAACACUUACUUGGAAUCCUUGCAAGAUUUCCUCUAACAACCAACGCUGUGAUUCUUGUUUUCAUUUUGUAAUUUCUAAUUUGGACAACAUUUCUAUUUGGUUUAUUUCUUGACAACAUCUGGGACAACUUUGAAUUUGUGUGUG